UAGCACCAAGUAUUCUCUCCAUAUGUAUAUUGCAAACACUAUAUUAAUGUAUAUAGCAACGAGUUCUGGGAAAUGGCUUCAUAAUUUUAUUUUCUUAAUCUGUCUUAUAAACCUUGUUGCUAUUGUCAAAUCCCAGUUCCCAACUCAAAUUUUUAUUUAUUCUGAUUGUCCGGACAAUGUUGGCACUGGUAUGUACACAAGAAAUAGCACGUACGAAAGAAACCUUAAGACUUCUCUCUCCUCCGUUCCGCCAAAUAUCGACGCCAAUGGAUUCUACAACGCCUCUACGGGAGAAAAUCCUGAUACAGUCAACAUCAUUGCGCUCUGUAGAGCUGAUCUUCAGCCUUCUCAGUGUCGAGAUUAUGUGGAAAAUGCUACUGCCGAAAUCUUACUGAGGUGUCCUUAUAAAAAACAAGCAAUCUUAUGGCACGAAUUUUGUAUGGUACGAUACUCCAACGAGGCUAUCUUUGGAAUUCUUGCAAAUUCCCCAAUGAGUUGGGGUCAUAGUGGGGAAAAUGUCACAAAUACAGAAGUCUUUUACUGGCAGUUGAACGUCCUGUUGAACAGCCUUCACGACCAUGCCGCUUUUAACAGCUCGCCGAAGAAGUUUGCUGCUUCCACUCGGACUGUGAAUGAUACGAAUCAUCCGUCAAUUUCUGCAUUUGAACAGUGCACACCUGAUAUAACCCCGGAAGAAUGUGGUGAUUGCUUAAACAAAUCUGCCCAACAGAUUCGAGAAUGCUGUGAGGGUGCAAGAGGAGUUAGAGUCCUUACUCCUAGUUGCUAUCUUCGUUUCGAAACUGAUCCGGAUCCAUUCUACAACGCAUCGAUGGUUGAAGCAGUACCCCAGCCACCAACGCCACCAAUGCCACCGCCACCGUCACCGCAGUCGCCGGGAAAGGGGAAAAAUACAACUCGAACUAUCAUUAUUGUCAUCGUUCCAAUUGUUGUGUGUCUAAUACUUGCUCUUUGCAUUGGCAUCUACUUAAAAAUGAAAAAAAGGCGUAAACCAUGGGAAAAAGUUGAUCUUGACGAGGAUAUCAGUACUGUGGAAUCCCUACAAUAUGACUUUGGUACGAUAAGAGUUGCAACAAACAAUUUCUCUGAAGCUAACAAGUUGGGGCAAGGUGGAUUUGGUGUUGUUUACAAGGGAAGACUCCCAAAUGAAAAAGAUAUCGCAGUAAAAAGGUUGUCCCAUGACUCAGGGCAAGGUGACUUGGAAUUUAAGAAUGAGGUCUUGCUAGUAGCGAGACUUCAACACAGGAAUCUGGUUAGGCUCUUGGGUUUCUCUGUUGAAGGAAAUGAAAGACUACUUAUAUACGAAUGGGUUCAAAAUGGGAGUUUGGAUCGCCUCAUAUUUGAUUCAAACAAUCCAUGUUUGGAUUGGGAAAAGCGUUAUAUAAUCAUUGGCGGUGUUGCUAAGGGACUUCUUUAUCUACAUGAAGAUUCUCGCCUCCGAAUCAUUCACCGAGAUCUCAAAGCUAGCAAUGUUUUGUUAGAUGGAGAGAUGAAUCCCAAAAUUUCAGACUUUGGCAUGGCAAGAUUAUUUGUCCCGAACGAAACUCAGCACAGCACUAGCAGAAUAGUAGGAACAUAUGGAUACAUGGCACCUGAGUAUGCAUUGCAUGGACACUUCUCUGUUAAAUCAGAUGUCUAUAGCUUUGGUGUCCUAAUUUUGGAAAUCAUAAGUGGUCAGAAAACUUAUAAUUUUCAGAAUGGGGAGAGUGGGGAUGACCUCAUAAGUUGUGUUUGGAAAAAUUGGCACCAAGAAACGGUUGCAAAUAUAAUAGAUCCUGCAUUGAGGACUUCUUCAGGAUCCAUCCGUGAUAUUAUGAGAUGUAUUCACAUCGGUUUGCUAUGUGUUCAAGAAAAUGCUACCAAUAGACCUACAAUGGGAUCAGUGGUUCUCAUGCUCUCUAGCUUUUCCUUAACUCUGCCAGUACCUUCACAACCUGCAUUUUACAUGUUAGGUAGCUCUCGUUCGGAAAUUUCAGUUCUUCAUAAGACUCAUUCAUCCACAGAUCAAUCAGAUAAUACCACUCAUUUAUCAACAAAUGAGGCCUCGAUGAGUGAGUUAUAUCCUCGGUAACUUCGAAGAAUAUGCAUGUCCAUUAUAACAAGACAUUUUCUAGUUAUGCAUGUUCUUAUUCAAAUGUAAGAUCUUGAAAGCAGAUUUCUCUUUACUUGAUUUUUAUUGGUAUGGUUUGUGGUAGUGAUAUUCCCCGCGUGAAUAACACGAUAUCUACAUACUAUAUGAUUACUCCUAUUUUUAAAUAUUCUCUCAUAAGUUGAUAGUUUAGCAAUUGUUAGGCCAUGUGAGUAAUGUGUUUACUCUGCACAAAUUUGUGUAGGCGAUGAUGCCUAGAAUUUGAAUGCCUAUGACUUGAAUAUAACUGCAAACGAUUUGAAUUUAUUUCAA